CCUAUUGUGGGAAACCUGUUUCAGCUGGGAAAGAAACCCAACGAAUCCCUUUGUGCCAUGGCUGGGCAAUAUGGACCACUCAUGACAAUUUCUCUGGGCAUGAAAACUACUGUGGUGAUUUCGUCUUCUGGUAUGGCAAAGGAAUUUUUCAAAAUCCACGACCAAAUCUUUGCAGGACGGGUGGUCCUCGAAGCAGCAACUGCACUUUCUCACCACAAAUUAUCGAUAGUAUUCAGUCAAUACGGAUCAUACUGGCGGAAAAUCAGACGCAUUGCGACUACACAGUUCUUCAGUCCCAACAGACUGCAAGCUCUGCAACAUCUCAGAAGAGGUCAAAUGUUUCAAAGCAUCCGAUUUGUUUUCGAGAACAGAGAAAAGUGCUUGAAUGUUUCGCAUCUUGUUUCGUACUUGGGUCUGAAUAUGUUGAGCAACACGAUCUUCAGUAAAAGCUUGUUUGAUCCCAGCAAUCCAGACUCAGAAAAUUUCAGGGAUGCUUUGAGGAAAACGAUUGAGACUGUCGGAACACCCAACUUGGUGGACUUUUUUCCAUGUCUUAGGUUACUGGAUCCUCAGAGCUUGAAGCGUAAAACGGCCAUCCAUCUAAGGCGAGUAAGUAAAUACUUAGAUUCAUGCAUAAACGAUCGACAGACGGCCAGGAGCGAAGGCAUCUGUUCUGAGAAAGACACAGAAAAGGAUUUUCUGGACUUUCUGCUUGAUUCGAGUGGCGAUGAUUUAACGCUCAUGGAUAUUCGAACUGUAAUUUUUGAACUGUUUUCUGCUGGUAGUGACACCUAUGGUGCAGCAAUAGAAUGGGCAAUGGCGGAGCUCAUUAACAAUCCUCAUGUCAUGAAAAGAGCUCAAGAAGAAUUGAAACAGGUUGUGGGUGCAAAUAGAAGAGUGGAAGAAUCUGACCUGGAUCAACUGCCUCAUCUCCGGGCAGUGGUGAAUAAAGUGCUUCGCUUGCAUCCACCUCUUCCUUUCACGAUUCCUCACAGGGCCGAUAGCUCCUGUGAAGUGGCUGGAUAUAGUAUACCCAAGCACACUCAAGUGAUUGCCAACAUAUGGGCUAUUGCAAGGGAUCCUGCAAACUGGAAAGAGCAUUCAAAAUUUAUGCCAGAGAGGUUUUUUAAGUGGUGAGAAUAGUAAGAUAGAUUAUAAGGGACGUGAUUUUGAGCUGAUUCCAUUUGGUUUAGGAAGAAGAAUUUGUUUAGGGCUUCCUCUUGCUGAGUGAAUGGUUCCUUUUACUAUUGCUUCCUUAAUCCAUUCCUUUGACUGGACCAUAAAUGGAGGACAAUUGGACAUGAGAGAAACUUUACGGAUUGCAUUAAGGAAAACUACAGAGCUUCAUGCCAAGAUUGCCGACUUGCAUCUAUUAGGACUAUGUGUGAUUUUUGUUUUUCCAUGAACUUUGU